UCGAGCACAAAGAAGCAAGAAGAAUAUUGCAAGACAAGAAAAAGAGGGAUGAUGCAUCCCAGCGCGUCAACACCGUUUUCAGUGGAGGAUAUUUUGAAGCUUCAAGAAAAUGAACAUGAGGAUUCGCUGGCUGAGCGAGUUGCUGCGGUGCAGCAUCACAACAUGCACGGGAGGCAAAAGAAGACGUUGGCACACCACGCAGAGGUGGAGGACCAGAUGAAGAAACUUGACACGUGUCUUGAGCACAAGGGAGGCCCCGAAGGUGGCGCGACCUCUCGCAGGAGGCCGCGCAUACUCUUCUCCCGGGCUCAGGUGAGCGAGCUGGAGCGUCGCUUCCGCCAGCAGCGCUACCUGUCGGCGACAGAGAGGGAGCAGCUGGCCCUGGUCAUCAAGCUAACGUCCACCCAGGUCAAGAUCUGGUUCCAAAACCGCAGGUACAAGUGCAAGCGGCAAAGUCAGGACAGGAGUCUGGAGUCGGUACCCCGGAGGGUGCCCGUGCCGGUACUGGUCCGAGACGGGAGGCUGUGCGGGGCGGGCUCCCUCGUCCCGCCAGCUUGCCGUGCAACUUUCGGCUUAUUGAACGGCACGGUUGGCUACGGCAACGGCGGCGCGUGCGCUUGGAGUUAUCACGGUGUGUGCGCCGAUGUCGACAAUACAGACAAUACGUACUUGGUGUGUGCGCUGGACGCUCUCAGAGGCUGCUGACAAUGCAGUCAAAAUCAAGACCUGAUUUGUACAGAAAGGAAGAUCAUUUCAACUGAUUUCUGUUUUGUUUUGAUAUGACGAGUGAUUUGU